CCGUUAUUCCUCUCUCUCUUUUCUUUCUCUCUCUGUCUCUCUCUCUCUCACACACGCGCUCUUUCCUCCGAUCCUUCGUGAUUUACCGUCGCUGUCCUACUUUUACCGGAGCCAAGCUGAAGAAAGUGACCAUAGAAACUCUUUCUGAAACGGGAUUGAUACCGCACAUCCAGGAACUACCGUUUAAACUCCGGAAAGAUCUGCUUAUCACAUCUAUUGCUUUGUGCGCACACGCUUCACCAAAACACCAAAAUCACUUUUUUGCCGCUGGGAGGAGAGAUGAGGGUGAUAAACAGUCUGUCAGGACCUUAAAUAAAGCAAAGGAUCACUUUUAUAAACGGCGAAUACCACCGGAGACGGACGCGCAGUUGACUUCUGAAGCGACAUAUCAUCACGACCCGAGCGGCGGCGCUGACCCGCGACUAAAUAUGUUGGAAUGGUUAAGUGAAGUGUUCUGGCAGGAGCGACUCUGGUUUCCAGAAGGCCUGGGAUGGGCUGACCUGGAAGACCGUGAUGGGCGGGUCUACGCAAAGCCACGGGAUUUGUGGGUGGCAGUGCCAAUAGCCAUCAUGUUUCUUGUGAUUCGACAGGUCUUUGAGAGGUUUGUCGCUACACCGCUAGCAUCAAUGCUGGGUGUUAAAGAAACUGUGAGACGACGAGUUACCUGUAACCAAACACUGGAGUCCCACUUCUGUAACGCAUCUAAAAACCCCACACAGAGUUCAGUAGUGAAAAUGUGCAAGGAGACAGGUUGGACAGAAAGACAGAUACAACGCUGGUUCAGGCAACGCAGAAACCAGGACAGACCCAACGUUCUCAAGAAAUUUCGCGAGGCCUGUUGGAGAUUCGCCUUUUAUCUUCUCUCCUUCAUCGGUGGUCUUUAUGCGCUAAUUGAUAAACCAUGGCUGUAUGAUCUAGAGGAGAUGUGGAAAGGGUUCCCCACCCUGACACUGCUGCCAUCUCAGUACUGGUAUUACAUGCUGGAGCUUGGUUUCUACAUGUCCCUUCUAUUCAGUGUGGCAUCAGAUGUCAAGCGUAAAGAUUUUAAAGAGCAGAUCAUUCAUCAUGUGGCCACCAUCACUCUCAUCAGCUUCUCCUGGUGUGUGAAUUACAUCCGAGCGGGAACUCUCAUCAUGUUUGUUCAUGAUUCUGCAGACUAUUUACUAGAGUCAGCUAAGAUGUUUAAUUACGCAAGAUGGAAGAACGCUUGCAACUACAUCUUCAUCCUGUUCGCUGCAAUCUUCAUCAUCACACGCCUCAUCAUCUUCCCUUUCCGGAUAAUGUAUUGCACAUGGGUGUAUCCCGUGACCCUGUACGCUCCAUUUUUUGGGUAUUAUUUCUUGAACGGGCUGCUGCUGGUCCUGCAGUGUCUGCACAUCUUCUGGGCUGUGAUCGUUAUACGCAUGGCCUUGCGAUUCCUGACCACCGAAUGGUCUGUGGAGGACGAGCGAUCUGAUAAAGAUGAGACUGAUGAGUCUGGAGAGGAGGAUGAGGGGAUGAAAAAUGGAGAGAUAAAGAAAAACAGGCCGAUUCAGAAUGGCCAGGCUACAUAUAACAACAACCAUUCGAAAAAAGACUGAUCCAUGAGAGGAGCAGAGGAAGGAGUAAAAGCCAAAGAGAUGUUUACUCUCCUCAAGCAGAAUGAGGGAGAAAGUGAGACGAAGCAAAGAACAGAUUACGUGAUUCCAAUUUUUUAUGAACCAAUAAUCGUUCCGUGUACACCACAGACACACAAACGCAGACACAUUGGUUGGUCAAAGGUGCCAAAGCCUUCAAGUCAUUCCUCGCUCUAAGGGGAGAAACAGCGUUGCCUCAGUUGAGAUUUUCUUAAGCAUGUGCCUUUGUUGCCAUUGUUUACCAUUUUGUUUCAAAAACUGUUAGGUCACUGGGUCCGCUCCCAGACACGUGAAUCUACAUCUACAUGUUUUCUUCACACACUUUUAAAGUGAAUUACUCACCAUUUAAAAUGAUUUACAUUAAACUAUGUAAUUCAAACACAUGGCCACUAUGUAAUGGACAAAUGCCACUAACUUUCUAAACACAGACAAAGUUUUUUCGUCGCACUACCAUUAGGUUUUCACCAGUUGGGUUAACAUUUUUAACUUGUUCCUACUCUAAGGUUACAAACACUGCAAACACGCACUGGCCAGUUGUAGCAUGUCUAUUUAAACAUUGUAAUGCCAGAAGCCAAAGAUAGAAUGAUUGUGUAAACUUAUGGAAAGUUGUGUUGAUGCGGUCUCGGUUGUAUUUUGCCUUUUAAAGCGUAUUUUUUUCAAUCGAGAUAAAUGAUACGUUUUUGAAUGUUUGUUCUGUGUUGUAAUUACUUGGGCAGUUUGGCCUUUUUUCUGUAUAUUUAUGUAAACGAUGGACAACUUGUUGAUUCACAUUCUAAUUCAUGAUUUUUUUUGUUUUCUUUUAUGAGGAACCAUGAAGUUUCUCUUCUUUUUUUCCACUUUAAAUGAAGACUCACAUUUGGAGUUGUUGUUUUCUCAUGUAACAGUUUAUUCAACUCUUUUACAAACUGUACCAAUGAUAGUAUGUUGAUAACUCUGAAAACUGGGCAUUCAGGGCAGUCUCUAAGUGACAUCUGAGCAUCUGAGAUAUGGAAGAUUUAAUUACGCACUAUUAUAAAUAUAGUUAAACCCAGCUGUUUGGCUGAAUUUGAAGUCAAGCUUUUUUGAAUGCUUAUGCUAAUCUGAGGUACUAUAACGCCAGACUGUGUCAUUGCUAGAAACACCAAAGUAAUUCAUGAAGUCCUGUGCUGACCACAGAGACUUUGAGCCUCUGAUGACACCGUGUGGACUUGACAAACAUUACCGUUAAGUAAUAGAGUUUUUACCGGCGUUUUAAUAACGUUUCAUCAGGAAAUAUUCUGGUUUACCAUUGAGUUUUCUCCGAAGAGCUCACAUGAUAUUACCAAAAGCUUUUUAUUGUAUUUACCUUCUUUUCUGUUUACCUCUCUGCUCUUCAAAUUGUUUCAGAUGCAGCCAUAAAACAUAACAGUGUUAUCUUUAUUUUGUGUUUUGAUGUGAUAACAUGAUGAUAUGGAGAAUGUUACCAAUAAAAUACUGAAUGAGA